GAGAAGCGGGGAGAAAUGAAUUUUCUACCAGACACCAACCUACAUCGGUGAUCAGUCAGUUGAAGCUAUUGUUCGAGUACCUUUAAGGAUGUGGAAAAUUGCGAUCUUCACGUGUUUGGUUUGUUUCCUGCAUCUUGGUGCUACAGUUGAAGUGAACACCUGCAACAACGGAGAAAAGGGCUUAGAUGCGAUCCAGCAGGAAAUAAAAAUUGGUCGCUGCAAAAAAGCUCCAUGCAGGCUCAGAAAGGGUACAGUAAUUCCUGCUGAAUUCAAAUUCACUCCUUCUUUCGACACUCCAACGCUAAUCAAUCGAGUAACUGCCAAAAUAGUUGGUAUACCGUUUCCCUUCAUUGGUGUGGAUGGCACUGAUGCCUGUAAAACUAUUUAUAAGGAGGAUGGAAAGACCCUAGCCGGAUGUCCUCUGAAAAAAGGAGAAACAUAUAUGUUCAAGAACCAGUUCGACGUUUUGAGUAUCUACCCCACGAUAAAACUGGAGGUACACUGGGGACUUGAGGGCAAUUCUGGAGCACAUGUCGUUUGUUUCGAAGUACCUGCCAGAAUAACCAACUGAUAUCCGAGUUGAUCAAAUCAUACAUUAGAUUAGAUAUAGUUAUAAGAGCUUCUGAAUGAUUACUUGCAGUAUAUGUUGGAGAUAUAGUAAAAGCCUUUUUUAUUGUU